AUGAGCUAUCCCAAGGCUGUUGUUUUUGAUCUAGACUACACGUUAUGGCCUUGCUGGUGUGAUACCCACUUAAGGCCUCCAAUUAUGCCGCAUGCAAGUGGUAGAUCUAUCACCGAUAGCGCAGGGAUGCAGCUAGAGUUUUACCGGGACGUCGAGUCAAUCAUUCAUGAAUUGAGAGAAAACGGUGUCCUAUUGAUUGCAGCCUCCCGCACCGCGGCCCCAAAAUUGGCCAAAGAAAUAUUGACGUAUUUGAAGGUCACGGAUCCUGCAACGGGACAGAAGGUGUCGUCAAUUCAGAUGUUUGAUACCUUGCAGUGGGGACAAGGGACCAAGAUUAACCAUAUCAAAAAGGCGUGUGCAACCUUGGAUAUAUCAUGGAAGGAACAUAGUCUCAUUCUCUUUGACGAUGAGUCCCGCAACAAGGACGUGCGGAAAAUAAACGUGCAGUUUGCACACGUCCCUGACUGGGACAAAGGCUUAACCAGGUCUAUCUUCGACCGUGUAUUACAGGAGUGGCGAGAAAACAACCGCCAAGGUGGCAUGAAGUCGGCAUCCAGCGAUUAA